AGGCUACACAGAUUUUUUUUUUUAGGGCACGGCCUCGGCGCCUCCCUCCCUGCAAAACUCAAUUCAAAAACCCUAAUCCCUAAAUUUUUUCUUGAAAUUCUAACAAAUCAGAUAAACUUUUGAUCAAAUAAAAAUUAGAUCAUGGAUCAUCAAUGGCGUCCACGACAAGUCCUCGGUACAAUCUGUCCAGUUUGCGCAGUUUCUCACUUCCCCUUCUGUGCUCCACCACCUCACCCUCAUCCUCCUGGUCCUCUUCCGUAUCAACCCGACCCUAGAAUGUUCCCUCCGCAGCACGAUCAUUACCGACCUCCAUUCGAUCCUUAUAACGCGCCAGUUGGUAUGGAUCGGAAUCUAAAUUCGAUGUACAAUUAUGGUGGUAGCAAUGGUUAUCCGGAUGAAUUUGAUAGAAGCUAUAAGAGGCCUAGGGUUGGUGAGAGCGGUUCUGGUUCAUUGAUGAAUGAAAACCAUCUAAAUUAUCAAAAUCAAGCUGGAUUUUCAUUGGAGGAUGAGCGUAGAUUGAAGCUAAUUCGCGAACACGGAUCUGCUAGUGGUGGAGGCGACCCUGAAUUUGAUGUGAACUGUGCUAGGGGCGAUGUUGGGCCAAUACCCCCGAGGAAUGGGCAAUAUUUGGGGAGAGAAGAAGCUUAUGGACAACAACUAUAUUCCAUCGAGGAUGGGUUUAACCGUGAAGAACACCUACAAUCUCGACAUGCUUUACUAGAGAGAUCUUAUGAAACAGCAGCAUCUCGCGAUUCACAACAUAUUCAACCUCAUUAUUUUCAUAGAAACAACUGGCAAGAUUAUGACUCGCAAAUGCAGAUGCCCAGUUAUGUCGGAGGGCCGUCAAUUGGGAAUCACAACAUGGCUGCAAUUACUCAAUAUAGUUCACCGAAUAUUACUGAACUGCGGGGUCGUCUACCGCCAUUACCAACACAACGUCCACCGCCGCCGCCGCCACCACCACCACCUGCCCUGGUUCCAACUAGUUGGGUAUUUGAUGGGCAACCUCCUCUUCCUGCUUCUCCGCCUCCACCUAUCCCACCUGUGGAUCUCCCAGCACACCCUUCUUCAGAGUUCAAAGCAUACUCCUCGUCCCCUAACAAGUCAUUUCCUUUGUUUCCUGUCACUUUCACUUCAUCCCCAAUGGCUCAUUCAUCAUAUCCACCAGUACCUAAUGCUUCUACUGGAGCUGUUGUGGAGGAAUUCCAAGAAUUUAACAAGGCUCCUCUGAAGCAACUAUCUCCAGCAAAGCCUAAAGUUAUUGAUGCUUCGCACUUGUUUAAGUUGCCGUAUCGAGCUACCCGGCCGGAUCAUUUUGUAGUAAUCCUUCGAGGGCUGCCAGGUAGUGGAAAGAGCUACGUAGCAAAGAUGAUGCGUGACCUUGAGGUUGAAAAUGGUGGUACUGCUCCACGUAUUCACUCUAUGGACGAUUAUUUCAUGACUGAAGUUGAAAAGGUUGAGGAUGGUGAUGCUUCAAAAUCUUCUACAUCCAUCAGAGGCAAGAAGGCUACUACAGUGAAAAAAGUGAUGGAGUAUUGCUAUGAGCCAGAAAUGGAGGAGGCUUACCGCGCAAGCAUGUUGAAAGCGUUCAAGAAGACUCUUGAGGAGGGGAUUUUCAUGUUUGUAAUUGUGGAUGACCGCAAUCUGCGGGUAGCUGAUUUUGCUCAGUUUUGGGCAAUUGCAAAGAGAUUGGGCUAUGAAGUUUAUAUAGCAGAAGCCACAUACAAAGACCCUGCGGGCUGUGCAGCUAGGAAUGUGCAUGGUUUUACCCUAGAUGAUAUACAAAAGAUGGCCGCACAAUGGGAAGAAGCUCCAUCCUUGUACGUGCAACUUGAUAUCAAGUCAUUAUUACAUGGGGAUGAACUGAAAGAAAGUGGGAUCCAAGAGGUAGACAUGGACAUGGAAGAUGGGAAUUCUGACAAUGAUCCAUCUGGUCCGCAAGAAAAAAGGUCUAAGAAGGCUACUUUACCUUAUACAGGAGUUGACGUGCCUGAUGGUUCUGGGAGGAGAUGGGAUGCUGAAGGCGACCAACGAACACAGAAAGUGAAAGAUUUGGGCAGAAGCAAAUGGUCAAAUGAUUUAGAUGAAGAUGGUGCAGAAGGAUCUGAAAGUGCAAAGCAUAAUUUAAAUGCUCUUCCUGGGCCAAUUAAAUCAUACAGUAAGCAUCAGAAAUCUGUGCGCUGGAGUGACCAGGCUGGAAACACUGGAUUCUCAAUAGGUGCAGCAAAGCAAGCAAGUGUGCCUUCUUUAGUGAUUGGGCCGGGUGUUGGAUACAACUUGAAGUCUAACCCAUUUCCUGAAGAUAUACCCCCAUUAGGUCACAGCACAGGCAAGUCUAAGAAGCAGAGCAUAUUCCAGGAGCGACUGCGUGAAGAGCAAGAGUCCUUCAGAUCUGUUUUUGACAGGAGACGGCAUCGGAUUGGUGGACUUGAUUUGGAAGAGUGACAAACAAUUCAGGAUAUUUUUCUUCAAUACUAUUGGGAUUUCACCCAUCUGUUGUUUCAAUGAUGUAAUUUUAGUUCCUUUAUCAAUUGCAAUUUGAGCAAUGGUGGAACCAAAUGUAGGAAGAGUAGCUCUCAUCAAGCAUUUUUUGUUAUUAAUAUGUUCAACCUAUUACAA